UCAUCAUAAGUUACCAUGGUUAUUUACCCGGAACCCUGUCCAUCUCAUCGCUCCUCCAUCAUGUCAGACUCAUCUUCCAGCUGGUGGAAGCUGACCUUUCUGAGGAGGCACAAAUCCCAGCCCGAGGUUCUGUAUGAAAUCCCUGCAGAGUUUAUUCCAAAUGCCUCCACUGGCCAGGAGGGGUCAGGGGCAGCAACUGAAGCAGCGGCCCACGCAGAGGUCAACACGCAUGACUCCCAGCUGGACACCCGACUGGAGAAAAUCAUGGAUAAAUCAACAGUCAGCAAGGGGCGCCACGUUAAGGUGUCCCACUCUGGAAGGUUUAAGGAGAAGAAGAAAAUGCGAGUCACGCUGGGAGAGAGCCCAGAGAUGUUUGCAGGAAGUGACCCUGAGAACCAGAGGGCCAGGAAGUGACAGGCCACACAAUGCUCUAGGAACUAAUUAUGAAUGCACUUACGAAGAUAUGGUAACAUAAGGACACAUACAGUCCCACGUGCAUUCAAAUACAUGGUCUAAUUUUUUGUCAGUUCAUGGAGCCACAUACUGAAUUGUCAAAGUUGAGGAGAAGUGUAAAAAUCCCUUGGACAUUUGUAUGUGCCUUGGAACAGCCUUUCUCACAAAUUCACAACGUUGUUCAUUUAAUAUUUCUCUUCAGCUGCCUUAAAAGAACCCCAUUUCCCAUAGGACAUUUGCAGGAGAGGCGUGUCCAGUUUUGAGCUUCAGUUUUUUUCUGUGUCAGUAAUCGUUGUCUAACUAAACCAUUAAGUUUUAAGUUUCUUAUGGCAUGUGCUGUAGGUGAUUCAUCUGGGAAUAUGGGGAGUAAUCCUCAGGAACAUUCUUCAUUUCUGAAAGAUCAGUGAAAUAAAUGCAUAGAGGAGCCACAUGGAAGUUUUUACUAAUAUAACAUACAUGACCAGUGUUAGCAUUAAAAGAUGUCUGCUCGCCAAUCUAGCAGAAACUGCCGAGAACUUUUUUGCUUCUACUGACGUGAGCUUGCUAACCAGCUAGCCCCUCUCAUCACUUUGCACUGGGAUCAAACCUGAGACUAUUCAAUAACCACAUGACUUGUCUAAAAGAACACCAAUCCGUCACCGCAUCGGAAGCACAGGAACAUUUUUGAGUGCACUUUGCCCCAUGUGUCUGUCAAGAUCUGCCACUUUGACUGAACCCCCUGGAGCCGGUGAGUCAUGUACAGUUUAAACUCAAAGAGACACACAAACAAAGAUUAAGCUGAAGCUCUCAGAAUUAUAUAGCAAACCUUUGUAAAGCAAAUGAUAGGUUAGAGGGAGGUAAUCUCCUUUGACUAAAGCUUGGAGAUGUAUAAUACGGUUCAGGUAUAUAUUUUUGUUAUUACACAUUCCUAUGAGUGGUUAUAUCUUUGAUAAAUGUGCUAUAAUGGUUUCUGAAAUUAAAUUAGUGUCGUUGCGACAAAGUCAUUUGUUCAUGUGUCAGUGAAUCAUUAUUGGACAGGUAUGUAACCAGCUUCUAUGACAAACACUCGGACUCAGACUAGUAGUACCUAGAUUUAUUGCUUAAAAUCGUUCGCUACUUCUGCUUUACUUUACGUAGUCCAACAACUACCCCUGUAACCAUGUCAUUAAGCUUCUAGAGCCAAAUAUCUUUUGGGAAAAUAUAAUUUUUCCCGAGUGACACCGAGUGCACCUAAAACCGUAGCUGUUCUGCUAGUGAGGCUGAACUAUCAAUCAAAAGUGGGCAAAUGAUUCAGCAAAACAACAAAUGUCAUAAAAGGUACCCAAUAGGAAUGAGUAUACUUUAGUUAUUAUCUAAUCUUGAUGUAGUUGCAGAGGGCUCCUUUAUCAAUAUCAAGUGUAUCUACAGGUUUUAAAGUUUCUCUUUACUUUUUGUUUCAGGUGUUUUUUUUUGUCCUGUGAUAUUAGCUGAGAUAAGCCUUAGGACAAUAAUUCCCUUUUUUUAAUCCUGGUCAUUUCAAGGCCUUGUCAAAAUGAAGAACAUUUUGAGUCACUGCUUCAUAAAGUCCAGCUUAGUCCAAAAGUCAAAGGAGUCAAAAAGUCAGCAGUAGUAUCGAGUAUCUGCACACCUUCUACAAUCUGCAGCACAAGACAAACACCGCAAGCCAGGGAUACCAUGUGCAGUGUGUUACUAGUGACGUCCAGCAGAGGGCGACCUCCACCCAAUCAAGAGAGCCCGACCUCAACUGACUCCACCACACCGAUAAUGUAAACACUCCUACUUCUGUUUCACGUCUUCUGAUCUCACGACUGGCGAAAAGUUAAACCUGGAGAUUUGUGGAAAUCCACUUGUGUUUUGGUUGAAGAACUUGUUUUCCUGAUAAAUGUCUCUCUGUUUUAUACACAACAGCAAAAUGUCUAGAUAAAUUCAAAUUAUCAGGAGUCUAUCUUAUCAUUGGAAUGUACGUCACGACUGACUUAAAGCCAUACCACUUCCUGUUUGUAUUCUGGUUUAAAGGACUGCAAAAGUGUUGACGUUAUAUGUCGCUGUAGUUGUUUGGUAUGUCAGUGCUGGAAAACUUGAUAUAUGUAUUGUGACUGGUGAAUUCUUGAGUAAAUAAAGGUUAUUUCUAAUCUUAA